AUGUCGUGGGACCUGCUCAAGCGAUUCCUUGAGUCCGACGUCUUCAACUCGAACCCCUUUCUCUCGGUCUCCUACCUCUCCCGAUACGCCGACCAUGUGGGCAUUCACUAUGUCCUCUGCAACAAGCUGCGCCAAUUCCCUUACGAGGAUAUCGAGUUCUUUCUUCCGCAGCUAUGCCACCUUAUAAUCAGCGUCGACAAUGAGUCCAUGGCCUUGGAGGAGUUCCUUUUGGAUUUGUGCGAAGAGUCGGUGACUGCUGCGCUUCUGGUUCGUGUCCCCGCUGUUGCUCGCUCGCCCUCCUUACUCACUGUCUUCCAGACAUUCUGGCUCUUCCAGACCUAUCUCCACGACCUAUCUUCCAAUCCACAAUCCAAGGCCUUUCAGACAUGCCGCAGGGUGUAUAACAAAGUGCAGCAUAUCGUCUUUGGACUGCCAGAUGCCGCGAGACACGACAAGAUUAAGGAGAACAUUCUGCCCGUCACGGUCCUGGCGAGCUUCGUCCUAGCCAGCGUCGCGGUCCCCCUCGUUCCGCAGUGGGCAGGACCACUCGCCGUGGCACAGGCUCGAAAGCCUCAGCCGUCCGACGAUCUGAUAUCCGAUUCCCGAGAAAGCAACCCCAAGACGGCCCAGGUGACGCGGGCCCACACCGUGACGGCCGGAAGCUCGAGGUCCAAGCGUGCGAAGGAUGCCGGACGGCUCUCCAGCGCGCCAGAUCUGGUGCUGCCAGGUUCCGCGUCGGGCAAUUUGCAUCAUCGAUCGACGGAGCCGACUCCCAUACAGCCAGAUUCGUCUGGCUCCAAGACUCCAGUCGAAGCGAAGCGUCUGCCACCUCAUCUCAACAUGAAGAGCGACGGUGCCCGUCUUAGCUCCUCUUCGCUACCGCUUCCUGAGCUACGAUCACCCAGACUGGCUAUCACGAGACCGUCGACCCCUGUAUCAGCAGGACUGCCCCAGCGACCGGGCGACGCCCUCAGCAGGAGACACUCCCAUCACUUCAAGAGCGGCGCCACCGCUGCCGAGUUGACGCCGCUGCAGAAGACGAGAUUACUGCGGCAGCACUACUUUAGAUGUGAGACGCAGUUUCUAACCGCUCUCGAGGGUAUUUCAAACAGACUUGUGAUCGUGCCAAAGCCUGCUCGUCUCAGUGCUCUUCGAGCAGAGCUGGCCCUCAUUGCGCAAGAUCUGCCGGCCGAGGUGGAUGUCCCUGUCAUAUGUCCCCCAACUCUGGUGGAUGGUUCUCCGGCAAAGAGCAGACAUCACCGAAUAGUGCGCUUGAACCCAGCAGAAUCAACGGUAUUGAAUAGUGCGGAGAAGGUGCCAUAUCUUCUCAUGGUGGAAGUUCUGAGAGAUGAUUUCACUUUCGACCCGGAUACGCCAGACAACAGGAGGCUCCUCAGUACUCUUCUUUCCGACCCAGGCCAUACUAGACGUAUUUUUGACCUUUCAGACUCGCCACGCAUAACGACAGUGCCCAAGACACCGGAGACGAUCAUCGACAGCGUGUUUGAGCCAGUGUCUGGCGAUUUGGGAAGCUCUCCCUUGAUCAAGCCGUUUGACGAGGAUCCUAUACAGAAGCAUCAGGCGAAACAAGUUCCGCCCUCUCAACCUCAGCGCCUACCUAGCAGUACCACUACCACAAUGUCGAGUGUCGUCUCUGAUAUGACAACUCCGCGAAGCUCUGGCGCUUCGACUUCGAGAUCGAGCAGCCCGCCCGGUCCACUCCGCAAGAUGACGAUUACUACACGUCCUAGCGCCUCGGUAGACCAGCCAGAUUUCUCGGCACUGGCAACGCACAUGCGGACCGCUUCGCAGAUGCUAGCGCAGCUCGAGGCUACGAGCGGUAAGCGGCCGAGACAUGAGGUGCAGGCUAUCAGAGCGAAGAUUAUUGCCAGCAUGCAGAGUCUAGAAGAGCAGAGCUUCGACAUGGAUGAGCAGGGUCCAACUUUCGACACCAUCAUCGCAAAGGCUUCGACUGCGCAGGCGAACGCCGUGGCGAACACUGAACCCCCGGAUGUCGAGAGUGAAUCUCCUGUUGAACCAGGGCUCAAUGCUGGUGCUGGACUUGCGAGGAUGGAGAACGAUAUCAAGACCGGCGGCAUUCAGAGCAAAGGCGAUCGCGAUGAUCCUAGUGCGGCUGUCUUCGGUGAAGCAUGGCAAGCAAAGAAGGAACGUAUUCGCAAGACAUCGCCCUAUGGCUGGAUGAAGAACUGGGACUUGGUCAGUGUUAUCGUCAAGACGGGGGCCGAUUUGCGCCAGGAGGCUUUUGCCUGCCAGCUUAUUGAUGUCUGCCACAAGAUCUGGGUCGAUGCAAAAGUCAACGUAUGGGUCAAACUCAUGCGUAUUCUUGUCACAGGAGAAUCGUCUGGUCUGAUCGAGACGAUUACCAAUGGCGUGUCACUGCACUCCAUCAAGCGAAGUCUGACGCUGUCAAUGGAGACGGGCCCGAACCAAAAACGCCGGUUUGCUACUCUCAGGGAUCACUUCGUGAAAGCAUUUGGGGCUCCAGACAGCGAGCCGUACAAGGCAGGAGUGGACGCCUUCAAGCGUUCUCUUGCCGCAUACAGCAUGAUAUCAUACAUCUUGCAGCUGAAGGAUAGACACAACGGUAAUGUCUUGAUUGACAGCGAGGGACACAUCGUGCACAUUGACUUUGGCUUCAUGUUGUCCAACUCGCCAGGUUCGGUUGGUUUCGAAGCGGCGCCUUUCAAGCUUACACAGGAAUACAUUGAGGUACUGGGUGGUAUCGGGUCCGAUGAUUACGAAGACUAUAAGAAGCUCUGCAAGCAAGCCUUCCAGGCACUGCGGCGGUCUGCGGAUAACAUUAUUGACUUGGUGGCCAUGAUGGGACGAGACUCGAAGAUGCCUUGCUAUUCAGCUGGCGUGGCCCAGGCAACGCACAACCUUCGCCAACGAUUCCAGCUGCAGCUGAGCGCGGACGAAGCCGAGCAGUUUGUAGAGACAGACCUGAUCGGCAAGUCCUUGGGCAGCUACUACACACGGCUCUACGAUACCUUCCAGUAUAGAACGCAGGGCAUUUACUAG